CCAUCGGAAGCCUGACGCCCGCGCACGUCCGAAGAUGCUAUGCGUAUCUCUUGUCUCCACGCAUCUAUCCCCAUCUAGUGGGGCACAUCAGCCAGUAGGGCCAGGGCCAUGCCAGUGGGGAUGGGGAUCGGCGCAGCGAUACUCAAGGGUGCGGUGAGGGAGGUACAGCGCCAGCCGAGGCUUGCCGCCCGCGGACGUCCAGGGGUGUUGUUUGCGUGUCUUGUGUGCCGCCCUGCUGGAGGCCGCCUGCUCGGGAGCUGCCGUCCCUCGCCCGGCCCUGGACACGGCCCUUGGGCGCACGGCACGGCUGCAGGAACUGGAGGAGCUGAAGUGCGAGAAUUUCCUGGCGCAGCUGGCCCUCGGCCAGGAGCAGGCGAGGGUCUUCAGCCGUGACGUGUGGUCGGCCAUCGGCCAGCUGCAGUCCGCGCUGGGCCCUCCCGUCGGCGACGCUGCCAACGGCGGCUCCAUCGCCGAGCGCGUGGCGGCGCUGGAGAGGGAGCUCGCGUCCACGCACGAGCUCCUGCUGGAGCGCACGGCGGAGGCGGAGAGGCGCGCCGCGGCUUCGGCGGCGAGGCUGCAGAGCGCGCUCGCGGACCUCAAGGGGAGCACAGACGAGCGCGCAGGCCGUCUGGAGAGGGAGGUUGGCGAGUCGGCCGACCGGCACGGGAGGGUGCUUCAGGACGUCCUGACAAGCAUUAGCAGGCACACCAAGGAUCUGGCCGACCACUGCGGCUGGCACGCCUGCAUUGCCGAUCGGAUGGCCCUCCUGGAGCAGUCGGCAGGAGAUGCGGUGGCGAAGCAUCAGGCGGUGUUGGAGGAGCUCCGUUCCGUCAGCGCGUCCAGUGGCGAGCAAGGAAGGACGCUCCAGGACCACCUGACAAGCCACGAGAAGCACUCGAAGGAGUUGGCUAACCAAAGGGACAGGCACACCGCCGUCGCAGAACGCGUGGCCCUCCUGGAGCAGUGGACAGGGAAUUGUGCGGUGAAGUAUGAUAUGGUGUUGGAGGAGCUCCGUUCCGUCGGCGAGUCAACCGACAAACACAGCAGGGUGCUCAAUGGGAUCCUGACGAGGCACGACAGGCACGCCAAGGACCUGGUCGACCACUAUGACAGGCACGCCAAGCGCGUGGCCUUCCUGCAGCAGUGGCCGGUGAAGCAGGCGCCAAAGCAUGGUACGGUGUGGGAUGAGCUCCGUUCCGUCGGCGACCUCCAGCGGUCUCACGCGAGGCACGUCGGCGACAGCCAAGAGCGCCUACAGUCCAUCGAGGAAGAGAGGGGCACCGAUAGGCACACCAAAGCGCUCGACGACCUCAGGAGGGUCCACGAGGGCUACGGCGGGCACGUCAGCGAGCUCCGCUCAGCCAUGGAGGAGCGCCUGUCCUGCCUCGAGAAGCAAAUCGGGGACUCGGCGGACAGAAGCGCCAGUGCGCUGGCCGACCUCUGGGCGCAGCACGAGGAGCUCCGCGCGUCCCACGGCCAGCUCUCGUCACUCCCUGAGCGCGUCGCCCGCCUCGAGGGCAGGCUCCGAAGCACUCGGUCGGCACUCCGAGCAGCACUCGAGCAGCAGGCCGCAGUCCCCGCAGUGGCCCAGGCAGCCGACGCGAGGCGCCUCGAGGAGCACCUCCCGCACUGCGAGGGCACGGCGCGGCAGGAGCUGGCCGACUCAGCACAGCGCGGCGACCGCCUCGCAGCCGCCGCGUCCCGUCAGGACGUGACGAGGCGGACGGCGCUCGUGGCCGACGAGCACCAGCGCCCCGGCAGCCCCGAGCUCAGCCUGCCGCGCACCCCGCUCGCUGACAAGCUGGGCGGCGGCCGCCUCGCGGCGCCGCCGACGACGCUCGAGCCAGCCCCGAAGAGCGGGGCCGACCUGGCCGCGCUGGCGGGGCGGCCGGGGCUGCCGUCACCCAACAGGCGCGCCGCACCCGGCCACGAGGCCCUGGCCCGAGGCGGGGCCACGGUGCACGAGCCAGUUGUCCUGGGCGAGGUGCCGUGAUCGUUCCGACCGGCUGCCAGCGAGGCGCCCGAGGGCAGGCCCGGGCCUCGGCAGCGGCUCCCCGUUGGCGGCCACGGGCCGCGGCGCCUCUGCGGCAGCGGCUCGCCGCGGGAGGUGGGCGCCCGAGCUCUGCACAGCACGGGCCGCGCGCCUCCCCGAUGGAGUUGGCGCAGCAGCUGUGGGGGCGCGGGAGGGGGCAUGGAGCGGCGGGACAAGACCGAGCAACGCUUGCAGGCGGAGGGGAAUCAGUCUCACGGACGGCGGUGGGAAUAACGCUGGCCUCGGGUGAAGAUGACCCCGACAUCGACAAUCGGUCGCGCACGGGGCUCUCCCAAACUGCAGGAGCACACCUGCGCUGGCCAUCAAGAGACCUCCCCGCUUCGAGUUCGUCCAGAGUUUGUUCGGCAGCGUCCAGUAGGUCAGCGCAGUUGAUCAAGGCCUCUGCAACUGCACGGCGCAUGUCUGCACGCGCAAAGCUGAACCAAAGAGCGAGCAGAGCAGGAGUUUGCCUAAAAGUUGG